AUGGCGGUCGAUGCGAGUGAUUUGCAGGACAUUGGUUCUGAUGGACACGACAUCGUCGGGAAAGGGUCAAUCCUUGACGCUUUUGAAGAGGCGGACGAAGUGAAAGAGUUGAUCAAGAGCCUGAAGAACAUAUACACUGACCAGAUUUCAGUUGAGAUUGCGGUUGAACGAUUCACAGUGAUUGUUGAUAACUAUCAGGAACAGCCUCAUUUAUUGGAUCCCCACCUCCAGUGCUUCCUUGACGAGCUUCUAGCUUUAGCUCGAGAUUCAGACACGCCCCCAGCUCUAUCGCACCUUGCUUUCAAGUGUAUGUACCUUCUUACCAAAUCCUAUUUAGAUGUUAGUGAUAAAUCUAGAGAUGCAGCCGCUUAUUGUUUAUCAAAGUUCUUAACAAGACCAGAUGUCAAAAAAGAAAAACUGCCUGCUUUUCUAGACUGGUGUUUGACUGUCAUGACAAAAGCUGAUCGUGAGACUAUGCCUGGGAUGACAGUGCUGUCAGGUGUCUUAUCAACACUGGCUUUGUUGUUCAAACAUGGCAAGAGAGAAGACUUAGUUUCAUACGCUCCUGUUGUACUGGACAGAUUGUCUGCUCUUACUGUAACUACUACUAAUAAUACCAUUCUGAGGAAACAAAAUAUCAAACUUAUACAAAGACUGGGGCUGACAUUUGUAAAAGCUAGGAUAGCAACAUGGAGGUACCAACGAGGAAGUAGAUCACUGCUUGAUAAUCUCAAGAAAACUCAACAAUCUCCAGCAGAUGUUUCCACGGUAACUCAAGGUGAUGAAGAUUAUGAUAUACCAGAAGAAAUUGAAGAAGUUAUAGAUCAGUUAUUAAUAGGACUCAAAGAUAAAGACACUGUAGUCAGGUGGUCUGCAGCUAAGGGUGUUGGUCGCAUUACAGGACGUCUUCCUCAAGAAUUGGCAGAUCAAGUGGUUGAGUCAGUUUUAGAGUUAUUCAGUUUAAGUGAAACUGAUGGAGCUUGGCAUGGUGGUUGCUUAGCAUUAGCUGAACUUGGAAGAAGAGGUUUAUUAUUACCAGAAAGAUUACCUGAAGUUGUACCAGUUGUGAUAAAAGCCUUGGGUUAUGAUGAAAAACGAGGCUCCUACAGUGUAGGUGCCCAUGUGCGAGAUGCUGCAUGUUACGUGUGUUGGUCAUUUGCCAGGGCGUAUGAACCAGACGUUUUACAGUCACAUGUUAAUGACAUUGCAAAUGCUUUGAUUAUUGCCACGGUAUUUGACAGAGAAGUAAAUUGCAGAAGAGCUGCUUCAGCUGCUUUUCAAGAGAAUGUAGGAAGACAAGGUACCUUUCCAUAUGGUAUAGAUAUUUUAACUACAGCUGAUUAUUUUGCUGUUGGAAAUAGAACAAAUACUUACCUAAAUAUAAGUGUGUAUGUAGCACAGUAUCCAGAGUACACUGUAGCUUUAAUUGAUCAUUUGGUUAAAGUGAAACUCAAUCAUUGGGAUGGGGUAAUAAGAGAAUUGGCUUCUAAAGCUUUGCAUAAUUUAACACCCAAGGCACCAGAAUACAUGGCAAAGACAGUUGUGCCGUUCCUGAUACCAUUUGCAACUGGUAUUGAUUUGAAUUACAGACAUGGCAGUGUAUUUGCACUCGCUGAAAUAACACAUGCAUUGUAUAACAUUGCACUGGAUAAUAACAAAACUGUCAUGGAUUUUCUGGACAAAUCAUCAAUUGAAGGUUUGAAGAAUAUUACAGUAAAGAUGCAUGAAGCUAAGAUGUUCCGUGGUCUUAGUGGUGAGAUUAUGAGACCUGCAGUUUGUAAAUUUAUUGGUAAACUCUCACUUUCUAAGUUGCCAUAUCAUGACGAUAGUGUUACAGAACUUUGGCAGACCCUUUUAGAUGAUAAUAUCCAGUUUGGUCAUCAAUUUGCGGACCAAAGGAUACAAGACAAUGCUCUGUCUGCAUUACCUUCACUAUGCAAUGAAUACUACAGACAAAAUAAUGGAUUAGUUAAACCUGGAAUUCAAGACAAAGUCAUCAGCAAAUACUUGAGUGAAUUGAAAAGUAAAGAAGAAACAUCAAAGAUGGGUUUUGCCUUGGCUUUAGGAUCACUUCCUAAAUUCAUGGUUGCUGGAAAGUUUACUGAGGUGAUGUCAGGAUUGGUUCAAGCUACACAUAUCAACCAACAAGAUGCUGCCAAGAUGGUAGAAGCUCGACGUGAUGCUGUGAAAGCCCUAACAUGUCUGUGUACAACCAUGGGUGUUGACAGCAAUGGUUCACCUAAUCAUAUUAUAUGUAAAGAUAAUAUUCUAUCUCUGUAUGAGGCAUACUUUCUAGCAAUGAAUGAUUAUACUCUAGAUAGUAGAGGAGAUGUUGGUACAUGGGUGAGAGAAGCUAGCAUGACUGGUCUGUAUGAAUUAACAACAAUGACUGUAAAAGCAGAUCCAAAUCUUAUAAGUGAACAUAUUUGUAAAAAAGUUUUCUGUUGCCUUAUACAACAAAGUGCUGAAAAGAUAGACAGGACUCGGUCGCAUGCUGGUGAGAUUUUACUAAGAAUGCUGUAUUUUGAUGAUCCCCCGAUUCCAAAUGUUCUUCACCGAGAUAAACUAAUGACGAUAUUUCCAAGGAGUGAUCUGAAGGAAUUAAACUGGGGUGCAUCUUCCGAUACAUUUCCAAAAAUAACACAAGCCCUGAGCUGCCCUACUUAUAGGUACAGUCUACUGCUUGGAUUAACAGUUAGUGUGGGUGGAUUAACUGAAUCACUGGUGAAGCAUUCCAGUCAGUCUUUGUUGACAUAUUUAAGGUCAUUAUCUAAUAAUCAAGAAUCCAUGACAACGUUUGCUGACACAGUAGUUAUGGUAUUUGAAGAAUAUCAGAAAGUUGAUAGAGUAUCAAUUCCGAUGUUAAAGAUGCUGGAUAUCUUAUUGACAAAUGGUUGUUUUGAAAUAUUUACACAGCGAGAAGAACACUUUCUUCCUGUGAAGUUACUGGAAUUAUGCAAAAAAGAAAUCGAGAAAAGUGGAGAUCCGCAGAAAUUAUUAGCCAGUAUUGACGUGUUUUGUGGUUUAAUUGUUUUCUCUGGUGUUGUACGUGCAAAGUCAUUAUCACAGCUCAUGUUAUUUCUGUGUCAUAAAUAUCCUAAGGUCCGCAAAACAACAGCAAACAAGCUAUACGAAUCAUUGCUGACUUAUGACGAGAUAGUUGACCCUGAAAAACUUGAUGAUGUCCUUACGAUUCUGAGCGAGACCCAAUGGGAUGAGCCUGUUAGAGAUAUCCGUCCAAUACGUAAUAAUCUAUGUGAUUUGAUGGAAAUUAAAAAACCUAUCAUAAAGGCCGGAACAAAAGCUAAAAAGACAGAGACUAAAGAUGAAGAUGAAAUGGCAAGUUAUAAAGACUUGGUGACCAGACUUGGAUACUAACCAGUAUAUCAUUGUCAUCCGCGGCGUCAGUUGGACUGUGCAUUUGCUUGGGUUUAUUUAUUUUUCUGAUGAUUUUAUAUGUAUACAUUUUAAACGUUAAAUUUUACGCAGCACUAAAAUCGAUUUGAUUGAAUGUGUUAUAAUAUGUGAGUGGUGGAAUGAGCAUUCGUCAUAACAAUUAUGACUGGAGAUUUAAUUAUUAGCAGUUCUCAGUAUAAAAGAUUAAUAUCAAUGAAAAACUUAUCUGAUAAGGUUAAAGGUUAAAUCUAAAGACUACAUACAACCAAAUUUUAUUCAAUACUUUAUUGGUGAUAUAAUAGUAUUGUGUUAAUAUUUCAGUAAACAGAUUGUAAAAUAAUUUGUAAAAAAAAAAAAAUAUUUGUAAUUU